CUGCAUUGCAAGGGGUGGCAGGACCAGAUGGGUGUCAGCAAUCCCCUACCCUCUACUGUUUGUCCCCUUGGCCCGUCUCGCCUCAUCUCCAUAGACCCCAUCUGUUGGUCAUCAAAUAGACAUAUGCACGGACACGUUUCCUUCAAGCUUUCUAUGAUUUCUAUUUGAUACAACCUCCCAGGUUUCUUCAAGAUGAAAGUCGUGCGCGCGGUGCUGUUGGUUCUUUCGAUCCUCUCUGCUAGUUUUGCCAGUGUGGAAUUUAUUUCUCCAGCAACCGGCACCGCCAUCCAAGCUGGAGAUAUUGCCACAGCUCGUUGGAGAGACUCUGGCACAUUACCUCCAAUGUCUGAACUUGUACAGUACAGUCUUUAUUUAUGUGCGGGUGGAGACAUGUCAGGAUCCUAUGAAGACCUGGUUCUCCUCAUAAAAGAUGCCGCUUUUGCACAGGGUGACUCGGUUUCGUUUAGGAUUAAUGCAGAUGUGGGUGGGAAUGAUGCUAAUGCAUACUUUCUGAAGAUGAUCGCUUCUGGCCCUGGAAUCUCGGUUGUUAACUAUUCAGAUCGCUUCACACUUACGAGUAUGACUGGCUUAUUCUCGCCAUUAGUUUUGCAGGGGAUUUAUUCAGUCAAUAAUGAUACUGGUGAUUCUUUUGAUGGCAAUCAUAAGCAUGAAAUCUUGCAGAAAAGGCAGGUUGAUGGGAGCUACACAAUUCCUUAUCACCUGCAAACCGGACCUACAAGAUACGCACCUAUGGCUAAGAAGCCUGAGAGUACGAUCCCUGCGAGGUCACCAACACCCCAAUUUCCAGCAAGUGCAUAUACAAUUGCUACGACUUAUCUACCUCCAGCUACUGUUCAAGUUACGCUCUCCGCCUCUUUGACCUACUCUGUAGCCAGCAUAGAGAACACCUACAAGAAAACGCUAAUUAACAUGGCUACCCCUAAGGCAUCACCGGCACCCCAUCCACAUGAUGUGCAGAUGAAGCAGUUCUUAGAAAGAUGGAAGGACUAAAUCAUACAUAUAUAUAUAACUGCAAAGACCCCCAGACAUUUACAAGGCAUUGAUGAUCUUCCAAUCCAUUGCCUCAAAGAUGCCUGGCCAUUUCUUUCCAGUUUAGCAUGUUCCUUAUUCUAACAAUUUGGAAUUCCUAGUAAGUGGCCUAUGUGUGGCAUUUUGGCCUGUGGAAUGUCUGUAUACCUAGUCUCAUGUAGUCCUUUAUUUGUGGGUUGGCCCCCGUCGGCUUCUAAUUACCCUUGGCAGUUCGCUUAACUUGCGAGGCUGCUACCAAGUUCCUCAUGGCAGUGACUAGGAAUUCACUUUUUCUGUUUCUUAUUCUUGUUUGGCGCGGGGACAUUUCGAUUUCGCCUCUCCUUUUCCAUCUACAUCCACC